CCUUGCUUUCUGUAUAAUAUCAACUGCCUAUCGAAUCUAUGUCUUUCCACGAGGGAAUGCGCCUAUGAUAUUACCGAUAGGCGGCCAUGAGGCUGGAGGUGGAUGUGGAGAGGAAGGCGAAACAGGGUGGAGACUGGAGAGGCAGACCGCGUGGAGUUACCCAGCACGGGUAAGGCGCCCAUGGUUCCAUCCCGACACUCUUUCUGUCAAUUGUCUUCCGUGCGUCUUCCUCCGAUUAGUGUCGUUCUUCUCAUUCGCACGGAACCACAGGUGGUCUCCUCUCCACAGCAUCCAGCGCCUAUCUACUGCUAUUCCGGUACUAAGUACCUACUAAUGAAUGGUGUCAGUGUCUUGUUUUCCCGGGUCAACUCCGUUCCUUUAUUAUCUCUCCAUCCCCACCUUCCUCAGUGAACGAAUGCUUCCUCCGUCGAAAGAUUUUCGAGUACAUACUUAGGCGCCACCCCCACAAUAAAUCAUAGUUCCCGCUUGUGUUCGCAAGGAUCUAAUGAGCAAAAUGGCGAUCGAGAUUUCUCCCCUAACCGAGGCAGACAUCCCUGCAGCGAUCGAAGUGAUCCAGAAGGCAUUUGCCGAAGAUCCCUAUUUCCUAUGGGUCUUUGAUAAAGCCCAGUUCAACCAACAGAGAAACUAUGACUCUCUCAAAGCACGUUGUCUUUGGGGCAUCGACAACGCCCUCUUCCAGGUCGCGAAAGAGGUCGGUCCUGCUGGCUCGGCCCCGUCGCGCGUUGUUGGGGUUUCGUGCUGGCUGCGGCCCCACUCCCCCUCAGAGCCAGAGAGCUGGACCAGCUGGCUGCAAGGAUGGGUGCUGUCGUACCGACAACUGCUGAACAACCUGUUUCACUGGGGUCGCGGUGGGCUCAUCUCGCGCCGCUACUGGAUCUGGAAGGAGCGGCAGAAUGAGGCCCAGACCGCCAUCUGGGACGACCCGCGGGGGUAUUACUUCUGCAACAUCGUGGCUAUCAGUCCCGACCAGCAGGGGAAGGGUAUUGGACGGCUGUUGUUCAAGGCGGUGACCGAUAUCGCUGACCAAGAGGGCGCCAAGUGCUAUCUGGAGAGCUCGAGGAAUGAGCCUAAUGUGCAGAUUUAUGAGAAGAUGGGGUUUGAGCUGAGACGGGAGAUGGAGUGUCGAGAUGGCGACGAUGUUUGCAUGCUUUAUUGCAUGGUUCGAGAUCCCAAGACCUAGACUAGAGCCAGGGUGCUUGUUCACUACAGGGGGUUGCAUUUGAAGGUGAAUUGCGGCAUAACUUUAUUUCAGACCUAUGGCCUAGGAGGUAUGUCUGCCUCUCCGGCUCACAUAGUACGGCUUGGCUGCAGAGGUUUCAGUAUGACCAGCUGGCAAAGUAAUGGCGGGAUGCAAAGCGGAAAAUAAGAGAGAGAAAUCGGAAGCGAAAAAGGACAAAGAUAAAAAAAAAAGAAAAAAAAAAAUUCAUUAAAGAUCUCAGAAGAAGAGGGAGAUACAAAAAAAUGAACAAGUACAAGGGGUCAAGUCCAAUGCACGAGUUUAG